UUGUGGUCAAGUUGUGAGUGAGAUGAACGGCAUUCUCUUUCAGUGGAUACAAACAUGCAAGUCGAAUAAAGAGCUGUGCGAGUUCUUGUUGUGCGCAGACGAGUUGUUUGGGCGUGAUCGCUUGAGAGAUUUAGCAACGACUUGUGGGAAAAUGUGAACCUUGAAGCGGCAGCGGGAUUAAAAACUCAUUAAAGUAGAAGAGAGCGAAAAAGAGGGACUUGGACGGGGAAAAAAAGAUAGCUGCUGUGCCGAUCAUUUUGAUGCAAAGAAAAGACGAAAGAGAAAUUGAGAAGUGCCGUGAUUUCAGAGUCUUGUCAACGAAAAGGUGAAAGGCAAAAUGAUGAACUGAAAAGGGAACCAAAACGAAUGUAAUCAUGUCCUGAUAGGAUAGGAUUAGAGCAGCAGUUCAUCAUAUUUCAAGGGGACGAGAAGUCGCCUUAUAUCUCUCUACGAUAGCGUAGAAUGGAUACACAAGUAGAAAUGUCUCGCAACAAUGGACCUGGUCUUUAUGAGUUCCUUAUGGAAGCCGAGUUACAGCAAUAUUAUCCCGGCAUUCGAGGAGACUUGAAGGUGCAAACAACAGCACAAUUGAAGUAUGUAACGGAAGAAGAUCUGAACGCGAUAGGGAUGAGCAAACCGGAAAUGCGCCGUCUAAAAAAAUAUUUCCAGAAGCAUUUUCCUCAGAAUUACCUUUCCAAAUUUAAGAAGAUGCUUCUACCGAAGCGCGAGGAACAGACUCCCGGUGCACUAAGUAUGUUGCCGGAGGAAAGGCAGGACAGACCGUCGAUACGCGUGCCCAAUAAACACAUGAUCCCAGCCGAUGCAAUUAUUGUGAACAAAGAGUUGGGAACAGGAGAAUUCGGGGUCGUGCAGCAGGGCGUAUGGACAAAUGAUGGAGAAAGGAUACAGGUAGCAAUCAAAUGCCUAUCCCGCGAAAGAAUGCAGAAUAAUCCUAUAGAAUUUCUAAAGGAGGCCGCGAUAAUGCACGCGAUCGAUCACGAACACAUCGUGCGGCUGUACGGCGUCGUUCUUGACACAAACUCGUUAAUGCUUGUAACAGAAUUGGCGCCAUUACGCUCAUUGCUGGAAUGCCUCAAGGAACCCAGUUUGCGUGCGAGUUUCCCGGUUUUAUCAUUGUGUGAUUUCGCCGUACAGAUUGCUGACGGAAUGCAAUAUUUGGAGGCGAAAAGACUGAUACAUCGUGAUCUAGCUGCCAGAAACAUCCUUGUGUUUUCUAAGAAUAAAGUCAAAAUAUCGGAUUUCGGGUUAUCACGUGCACUAGGAGUUGGCAAGGAUUAUUACCAGACGAAUUUUAAUGUUAAUUUGAAACUGCCCAUUGCGUGGUGCGCACCUGAAUGCAUAUCCUACCUGAAAUUCACGUCGGCGAGUGACGUCUGGGCAUAUGGGGUGACUUUAUGGGAAAUUUUCAGUUAUGGGUUUCAACCCUGGGCAGCAUUGACCGGUCACCAAAUUCUCGAAGCAAUAGAUGAACCUAAUUUUCAGAGGCUUGAGCAACCUGAAUGUUGUCCAAAGGAUUACUUUUCUCUCAUGCAGCAAUGUUGGCAACAUGAAUCUCUGAAAAGACCCAAGUUUUCCGAAUUGAUCAAUUUGUUGCCUGAUCUAAAACCGGAACAAGUUCAAGCAGUUCAGGAUAAUACUGAACCGAAUCAGCUUGCUUAUAGACAAAGCGACAUAAUUACGGUCUUAGAUAAAGGCAGUGGGAAUAGCUUAUGGAAAGGUGUUUUAAAUAAUGGCAAAACAGGAUUCUUUAAUCCGGCUCAUACGAUCGCGUAUCUAGGUUCUAAUUUGCCCAGCAAUAAGCCCGGUGAAUUUACGCGGGGAGAUGGCAAAAAUGUUUUCUCGUCACAGCGUAGAAAAAUUCGUACGGACAUGAUAUCUUCACCGCAGGGCGAUCUCAAGCAUACUGGUCAUGUGGGUUUAGACGGAGCGUACUUCGGUGACAUUAGCUUUCUCGGUGGAAAGUAUCCGCACCUGCCUCGUCAAGUUGUGACACCAUACAAACCGCAGGAGGAUGCAACUGAUAAUUCUCAAAGUUUAAAUCAGGAUGCGAGAAGUAUUGAUGCGAAUAGAGAAUCAGCGAGAGAUAGUAGAAGUAUACAACAAGAAACUCAAAGCAAACAUGAGAGCUUAUGGUCUGAUGUGAAUUCGGAAAUAUGUCAAGCGAAUACAGAAAGUAAUGCAAAGAUGCAAUCUAUAACAUCUAAUAUAGGCAGUAAUACUGACGUUCUCGAAGCUGACCAUGAAUAUCAUGAAAUUAGUGAUGAAGAAAAUCAAGAAAGUCCAUUAAGAUUUGAUAAAACAUUAAAUUUUGACUUUGGUCCCAGUCUUUUGGCAGAAAUGGAUCAAAUGUUCAGAUCAUUAGGUUCUUCUCCUCCUCCUCCGCCACCUGGCCUUCCUUUACCCACUGAACAUGAAUCAAGCAACGUGAGAAACGAAUUGAGGGAAAUUCAAGCAAAACAAUGUAGCAAGAAGAAACAAGCCACCGUGAGUCCAAUAAAUGUGAAACCUAUCUCUGCUGCCGAUCAGAAAACUCUCUACUCAGCCAUUGCUAUGGCACAGGAAUUGACAGCACGUUCCAUGACAGAUCUUGAACAUCCACCGGAGUCUCCUCGUACACCUGCCAGUCCUUCAAGACGCAGAAAAUUCUCUUUUAAGUUGCCACAUCAAUACAGUCCCAAACCAGAUAGACGACAUUUUUCCGAAGAAGCUGCCAGUAUACCUGACAUACAGAUUUGUUUUUGCACUAUGGAUUAUAGUUUUCUCAAGCCAUUCAAUAUUAGAGGUAACUCUUCCUUUGUUUUUUAAAUUAAUAUUUAACAUACUGGAGCAAUAAGAUAUUACAUACAUACGCCAUUACACUUUUUACAUAUUUAAAUACAUAAAAUCAUGAGAGAAAUUAUUUUAAAACCAAACUAUUUAUAAAUAAUAUUAAAUAAUUUUAAAUAUGGCAAGAUACAUAUAUGACUAUCAUAUUUAGAUUUGGAUAUCAUAGGAAUACAAUAGAAUUGAAUAAUAUACACAUACAUAUACAGGCUGUUUUAUAAUUAGUGCUACAAUCGGGAAAGUAAUAAUAUUACAUAAAAAAAGAAACUACAUAAAAAAGUUAAACAAUUUUUUAUACAAAGUUUUGUUUUUGACAAAGUUGAUUCUAAAAUUUCUAAUAUUGAUAUAGCAUAUUAUGCUUUUUUAAGUUUAAAUAAUUCUAACAACU